ACUACAGAUUGAGAUAAAUUUGAACUUGGUUGGCAUCCUAAAAUAUAAUCCACUGGAUUUGUACACUAAGAAUAAUAUUUUGGAUUAAAAUAACUUAUUUUGAAGGAAUGGAAGACUAAUAUAAAAUUUGAUUCUUCUGGAAAAUCGAACGAGGUAGUGCAAGUGGUACAGCACGUGCGAUUUUGUUGUGGAAAUUAAAUCGCGCUCAAGAAGACUGAGUGAUCGGGAAGAAUCGGUGAAAAGAAAACAUCGUUGCAUUCGAGAAUAACAAGUCCUAUUAUUGGAAGACUGUGUCCGUAAUCCAGAUCAAUGAAUGGUGAUCAGUCCUGAGCAGUUUCAGAAUGAUCCGUUGUCGCGUUCAGUCACAGUGGCUUCGGAAAUCACGUGGAGACAUGUUCGCGAGUGUCCGGCGUAGUGUGUGCUGUGCCUAUGCGGGUACUUUCUUGUGCGCCCGGUGCGUUCACUUGCGGACUUUUCAACCGUGGGUGACUGUCAAGUCUCCGCCCACGCGCGGUGGUAAUUGGUGCCAAGGCCGGAUGGAAUCAUCCAAGCGGUCAGUGGCGAACGGCAAUCGGGCCACAAAUUUACACGCCUGUCAACUUCUCCUGCCCUUCCAUCCUGUGAAUUAUCGAGCGGUUGAUUUUGUUAGCGAUGCCCGAUUUUCCGGAGAUGCUAAAAACAAAUUCAGGAUUAGGAGAACGAAAGUGGGUCGGCUGUUGGAAGAAAAUCCUGUCGUCCGAGUUGGGCAGAGGAAAAUUAAACAGAGACGGGUACUUGGGUCGGCGUCUCCUCGUCAAAUGGAAAAUAUUUGCAACGACUCUGAACUUGAACAUGAUCAAAUUGACAUCCACAGCCCAGAGGGAGCCCUUCAGGAAUCUCUACCCACAGACGAAGAAUUAGGUGAAGUUCUUUCAGCUACACAUUCACGCCUCGGAUCUGAAUCCAAAGGAACCGAAACCUCAAAUCAUAGUACAGGUAUUGGUAAUGACUCCGAGAGCCUAAAUGAAUUUGACAGGCAGUACUUUCUGGAUGCAGCACACAAAGAAUACCAGUCAAAACCAUCAAUGAAGAGUGAAAAGGCGAAUUCAGAUGAAGCAUCCGACGAGGUCGCAGAUGUUGACGACAGACAUGAAUUUGAUCGGCAGUAUUUUGGAAAUUUGCAAGAAGCUGAUGUCCAUUCCCAAGAGCAUGAUGGUAAAAAACGGAGGAGACCUAGCCUUUGGAGCCAGUCCAGAAAGAAAGGCACAGAACCUGUUUACAUGGACUCCAGCUUACCAGAAGAUUACUUUGACAACCUGUCUUACGGGACAAGGACAAAGACGGCCUUGGAAGAUUUUGAUAAAAAAUUGGGAAGACUGUUUGAAGAUGCAGCUGAAGACAAAGAUGUCAGCAUCCAGUCUCUGCUUGACUUUGAGCCCCACGAGACAGCGACUGCAUUCCAGAGAGUAGACGACAUGGGAGACCACCAGGAGUUGACUUUCAUCAAUGAGACAAGACUUGGAGGAAAUGUGGCUGAGAGGAUACAAGAUAAAUCCUUGAAGGCAAAGUUGGAGGCGGAGCGCAUCAUUGCGGAGAGGAAACAGGAGCUAAGCAUCGGUGACCGCAACCUCUCUGAUCUUGAGCCGGAGAUCAUUAGAGCGAUGAAGGCAGUCCAUCUGGCAACCAGUGCCAGCUCUACCAGAACCAAAGCACAGAAAGUUCAAAAGGUCUUUGGCACGGCUGACCCAAACCUGCCAUGCACAGACAUUUCCUGUUCAGGAUGUGGAGCUCGAUUCCAGGCCCACGACCCUAAGCACCCGGGCUUCCUGCCCAGCGAGAAGUACCGGGAGCUCCUAGAAGGUGGUGGACUGGAGAGGGCGGUCUGCCAGCGCUGCUGGUACCUGACCCACCACAAGAUGGCGCUAGACGUCAGCGUUGGAGAGAACGAUUACAAAGACAUCAUCACUUCGAUCCGGAGGACCAAAGCUUUGGUGGUGGUCCUGGUAGACUUGCUGGACUUUCCUUGUAGUCUGAUUCCAAAUUUGAAGGGGAUGGUAGGGGACAAGAAACCCAUGGUUAUAGUGGGAAACAAAGCCGAUCUUCUGCCCAAGGACUCCCCCGACUGGGACCGACGCAUCACAAACCAGCUGUUGCAGGCGUGCGUGGAGGCGGGCGUCUGCAACGAAGAUAGCGUGAAGCACGUCUGCAUCGUCAGCGCCAAGUCGGGGUUUGGCAUCGAAGACCUGAUCACUGCUCUGCAGAAGAAGUUGGGGACAACACGCGAUGUGUAUUUGCUCGGUACUGCCAACGUUGGUAAAUCCACCUUGUUCAAUCGGCUUCUUCAGUCCGACUACUGCAAGGCGAAGGCAUCAUGGCUGAUAAGCAAGGCAACUAUCUCACGCUGGCCUGGUACCACACUCAACUUACUCAGGUUUCCUAUUGUGAAGCCGACGCCAGAAAAGCUGGCUCUGAGAAUGGACAGACUUACGGAGGAAAAGAAGCAGGCCAAAGCUGAACAGAAGAGCAAGGCAACGGAAAAUAAACCAGAUGAAAAGAGAUUGAAUGAACGGGCGUACGUUAGAGGGACUGUUGGAAGGUCAUAUGACAUCGUCAUCAAGGAAGACCCCCCUGAGGAAAAGGAAUUAGACGACAGUCGUGAUCCGUUUGCCCUGUCGGUGGGUAAGGUGGGGCCUUCCCCACUCCCGUCCCCCAAGCCUAAGAAGUCGGGGAAGGAGGAGCUACCGUUUCCCUUCAGACCGGAAGAGUUUGAUCGAGGACGCUGGUUUUAUGACACACCAGGAAUGAUUCACGACCAACAGAUUUUGACCAAGUUGACGUCGGAGGAGUUGAAGCUUGUGGUGCCCAAGACGGUCAUUCUUCCCAGGACCGUCGUUCUCAAGCCGGGGAACACCAUUUUCCUGGGUGGCAUGGGCAGAUUGGAUUAUUUGGAGGGCCGAAUGGCUGCCUUCUUCACAAUCUUCGCAUCCAAAGACCUACCGAUGAAACUGGCCAAGACAGUCGAAGCGGAUGAAUAUUAUCAAAACUUGGUCAACAAGAAUCGACUGAUGGUACCUCUCUGUGAGCCAGAGCGCAUGAAGACCUUCCCUGCCUUGCAGCCAGUAGAGAUGAUGGUGACUGGACAAGGCUGGCAAUGCAGCAGCGCUGAUGUGCUCUUCUCUUCGGCAGGUUGGGCUGCGGUUACAGCAGCCAACGGUGUGGAGGUCUGCCUCAGAGCCUACACCCCGGGGGGUCACGGGUGCCUCCUCAGACGCCCCGCCCUGCUCCCCCACGUGGUCAACCUCAGGGGCGACCGGAUAUCGAAGAAGAGUCCCUACUUCAAGCUGGACAAGAAGAAACUGCUGCGCUACUUAUGAGAAUCACAGCUUCCAACCUGUACUACAAAUAAUGAAGCCCAACAUCCCCCUCCUCCUGAGGAUUGAUCCAAAUAUGACGCGUUCUCUGCCAUAAAUAGAGUCCUACAAGCAACAUGAAGCCUUGCAAAAUAGGCCAGUCUUAAUAACAAGCCAAAAAGGUUUAAUGGCUUACUGGGGCAGACCCCGAACGGUCGGCAAACAUAUGGUGCCGAGUUGUCACUGUAACGGUGGAUUUUGUGGGUGUGCGAAAUGUAGAGACCUCUCGACUCGGCAGACGGAAACAUGCGACCGAAAAUUUCUGAGAAUUUAGACCGUAAAUUAAAUUGCUGAAUGUAAUCAUGAAAAUGUCAGGGGGUUAGACUUCUUGCCCGCCUCCUUCGAAAAAGGGUAAGAAUUAUGUGCAGGGCGCCUCCGGACCUAACCGUGGGUGUAAAUCAUGUAUGUAGGCAACCGUAGCGACUUGGAAAUUAAGGAGGAAAGAUUUCAGUUUUUCCGACAAGGGUUCCAAAUAGAAAGGCUUUAAAAAUGGGUUAAGAAUAAAUUCUUGGUUUUUUUAA